CGGAGACAGAGAGGAACCUGGAAAAUCUCACGUGAGGAGAAGCGCAGGCGAGUAGGCUGGCCAAGGAUCAGGGCCUUGGCCCAUGGUCUCAUAGAGCCUGGCCUGUUCUGGAAGAGCACCCAGUUGUUCCUUCUAGGCUACCCAAGCCCCAUUGAUGAUGGGUGAGAGGGAGGAGGACGACGACACUGAGGAAGCCUGGCUGCAGCUGCGGCCCAUGGAACCCCUGCCCUCCCAGUGCUGCGGCAGUGGCUGCUCACCCUGUGUGUUUGACCUCUAUCACCGAGACCUGGCAAGGUGGGAGGCAGCCCGAGCCAGCAAGGACAGGAGCCUGCUGCGUUGGCCAGAGUCACAGAGCUGCCCCUCCAAGCUGAACCCAGAGACCUUUGUGGCCUUCUGCAUCAGUGCCAUGGACAGACUCACUAAGGACACAUACCGUGUCCGGUUUGCUGUACCCGGGAACAGCCAGCUUGGCCUGCAGCCUGGCCAGCACCUCAUCCUACGAGGGAUAGUAGAUGACUUAGAAAUUCAGAGAGCCUAUACGCCCAUCAGCCCUGCCAAUGCAGAAGGAUACUUUGAAGUGUUAAUUAAGUGCUACGAGAUGGGGCUGAUGUCCCGGUAUGUUGAGUCCUGGAGAGCAGGAGACACAGCUUUCUGGCGAGGACCUUUCGGAGAUUUCUUCUAUAAAGCAAACCAGUAUGGUGAGCUCCUCAUGCUGGCUGCGGGCACGGGCCUGGCCCCCAUGGUGCCCAUCCUGCAGAGCAUCACAGAUAAUGAGGAUGACGAGACUUUUGUCACUCUAGUCGGUUGCUUCAAGACCUUCGAGAGCAUCUACCUGAAAACCUUCCUCCAAGAGCAGGCCUGUUUCUGGAACGUCCGUACCUUCUUUGUACUCAGCCAGGAGAGCUCCUCAGAGCAGCUUCCCUGGAGUUACCAAGAGAAGACCCACUUUGGCCGCCUGGGCCAGGACCUAAUUAAAGAGCUGGUCAGCUGCUGUCGGAGAAAGCCAUUCGCACUGGUCUGUGGCUCGGCUGAGUUCAGCAAGGACAUAGCCAGGUGCUUACUGUGCGCAGGCCUCACUGAGGACUCCUAUUUCCUCUUCUAGCCCUGGCCUCCCUUCCAAAGCCUAGGCUACUGGGACCCAGGAAGGAGCACAGACUGGAAUCAGAAGACAUGGAGUCCAGGCCUGGUCCUGCUGCUCAUUUGCCAGGUAACCUUGGGCAAGUGUCUUUACUGCUCAGAACCUCUACUUCUCAUCUGCCCCAUGAGGUUAAUCACUCCUCUGGCCUCCUACUAUGUGGAAGGAGGACAGGCUGUAGGGACCCUGAGGAAGCGAGCAACCAGCCUGGGAGUCAGGGAAGACUCCUCAGAGGAAGCCAAGUCCAGGCUGAGCCCCAUGAGGAGUAGGAGUUGGGCAGGGGAAGAUUCAGGAGGAGCUUCCCUGGCCCCUCCAAUUAGAGGAUCUAAUGGGGGCUCCAGCUGCGGCCUCAGCACCAUCUCAGAUUAGGGGCUCCUGAGUGUGUAGGGAAGGACACAGGAGAGGCUAAGAGCUCUUUGGAGGAGAAUUCUACCUUUCCUUCUGUGCCAUGAGCCUGACACAUGAAGGUCUUCGGUUCUAUGACUUCACCAUGUCCUGAGAGCAAGGUGGGGCCCUGGACUGUCUUUGUAUUGGCCCCAAGCCUUUCCUGCUGUGAACAGCUUCAUUCUCAGUCCCCUUUCCUGGCUCAAGAAUUGAGCCUAGCAAAAGAAGAGGCAUGGGAAGGAAAUGCCCCUCCCUCCUUCUGCAGGCAGCCACUCAGCCUGUGCCUUCAGUUCGGUGCCCUGGUGACAGUUGCUAUGGAGAUCUAAAGAUAGAGCAGGAGUCAGGAGACCUGGGUCCCUCUCCCAGCUUGUCCCACUGAGCGGCUGCCGAUCCCAGUCCACCCACCCCAGGAACCCGGCACCCCCAUCCCAGGAACCCAGUGCCCCUGGGCAGCACACUGCAGUUAAUGAAUUCUGCUUUCCACAGCCUGGGCUCCAGCAUGCUGCACCAGCUUGGGCUAACUACAGGCAGUCCCAGAAUUGGAAUACUAAGCCAUGGAAUCUUGGAGUUAGACUUUUAUAGUCAUAGAAGUAGUACCCCUCACCAUAUCAAAGCUGAAAGUUCAGGACUCUAAGAAACAUACAGUGUGACAGACUUAUUGUAUACACGGGAAACUGAAGCCCAAUGAGACUAAAUGACUUGCCCAGGGUAAAACAGUCCAUGGCAGAGCCAGCACUAGAAGCCUCCUAGCUUCAACCUCAUGUGCCAGUUCGGCACCAGUGGUUUUCAAACUGCGCUCCACAGGAAACAAGCGUUCUUUGCAUAGCAGCAGUGAAAGGACAGCUCCAGAUGGAUCCCCAGACCCCCCUUCAACCAGAGCAGUUCCAUUUUCAUCCCAUUUGUAUAUUGGGGUUUCGAAGUAUUUUUAUUUGUAGAAAAGGAUUUUCCUAUCCUGCUCAGAAAAAUGGCAACAAAUCUCUCUGCUGUGUCCCAUUUAAUAAAUAAUUCUGACACACAGCUGGGGGAUGGUGCCAGAGGUUUCAAACUGCUUCACAGGCAGAGUUCCAGGGUCAGAGAGCUGGAGUGCUGUGUGUGACCUUCUCCCAGAAGCGUGGGCACAGGAGCGUGUUAAAGGCCUGAAAAGACCAGUGGCAAAGAAACUCCUUUCAUUUUGUCUAACCCAGAGUUUCUCAAGCUUUUUUAACUAUAGAACACUUUUCUAUGGGUUUCGUAGCCUCUUUCUAGCACAGCAUAAUGAGUGGGAAAGGCCCUGACUGAGAGUCAAAGAUUCUGAGCAGGAACCGUGAUCUCUUCCUGCCUAGCCUGUGACUUGAGCAAGAUACUUUUCCUCUCCCCAGACCUCUGAGGUCUGCGAUUUUCCCUCCACCCUUUCCUCUCCCUCAGUUUGCACAUCCUAUUGACUCAGCUGCAAAUAGCGGGGGCCUGUCAGGAGCCUGACUCUGUUCAGACACGAGGGAAACAACAGCACACCAGGCAGAUGCAGUUAUGUCCAGUGCGGAACUUACAGCCUAGCAAGGAAGGCAGAAGUUCAACCUGUAAUUCUAAAAGGGAUAGAUGUCAUGGAAAGGGAAGUGUGGAGUGCUGGGAGAGUGGAUGGCAGGGGCUUUAGCCCAGUCUAGGGAAAGGCCAGGGGCACACCACUGCCACCAGAGAUAGAGGCUUCAAAAGCUUCCAAGUCACUCUUAUUAAGAGUGUUGCCGGCCCUGGUGGCUCACACCUGUAAUCCCAGCACUUUGGGAGGCUGUGGCAGGUGGAUUGCCUGAGCCCAGAAGUUUGAGGCCACCCUGGCCAACAUGACAAAACCCUGUCCCUACAAAAAAAAAAA